CUAUCUAUCUAUCUAUCUAUUUCUACUCAUGUCAUAUUCUCCUCAGGUGACGUGCUUGAACAAUGGUGGGAACCUUGCCUCUGUGCACAAUAAACAGCAGUAUGAUUUCUUAAAGAGCCUGAUCUCAAGUUCACAAUCAUACUGGAUAGGAGGCUAUGAUGCUGUUUCAGAGGGAAAGUGGUUCUGGAGUGAUGGGUCCCAAAUGAAUUACAGACUUUGGAACCCUGGAGAGCCCAACAACCUAGAGAGUUCUGAGCACUGCAUUCAGAUGAACUUUGGAGCUGCAGGAAACUGGAAUGACCAAAAAUGUACAGUCAAGAUACCAUUUGUGUGUGUCAUUUCUUAGUGCAAAUGUAUCAAAAUCACUGAUUCUAUGUUCAGUUUCAAUUGUGAUGCCUCUGUGUCAAACAUUUUUCUUUCUGUAACUAAAUAAAUCAAAUAGCAUUCA